AUGGACUACAAUGCUCUCUCAACACUUCCAGCAGCAGAAACUUUAGCCUUAUCAGCCACAAUUACUUUUAACUUUUACAUGUGUACUAUCCGGACCAGCAUAGACAAGAUUAAGGCUAGUGCUGGAAGUGAUACUUCUAUGAGUGCAACAAAGACAAAUCUUGCUCGAAGUUCUGUGAUUGAGAGGAUGGAGAAGAUGGUGGCUAUGUGGACAGAGGACCAGAAUCAAUGCAAUGCCCCUGUGAGCCUUAUGGUUACCCAGCAUAAAGCAAAAUCCUUGUUUGAUGACUUAAAUGCCAUAGAGGGUGAAGGAUCAAAGGAUGAGAACUUUACGGCCAGCCGAGGAUGGUUUCAAUGUUUUAAGCAUUGUUAUAACUUCCACAAUAUUAAGAUGAUUGGUGAAGCCACUUGUUCAGAUAUGGUUUCUGCCUAG